GAUGAAGCUAUAAUGGUCAUGUUCAAGGUAUACCAGAAGCAACCCUUGCCCAUACCUUCCUAUGUGGUGCUGUCUGAUCUUGAAAAGACUUCAAGCACAGAUGUUUCGCAAUAACGCGCAAGCUACAGAACUUUAGCAACAUCCAUACUUGGGGCUUCCGGAGGGCUGGGUAUUUAACAAUUUCAAAUAGGGCCUCAUUCAGGCAUAUCUAUCAUCCCCUCACUAUGGUUGUCGUAUCUACUCUUAUUGGUUCCAAUUGUGCGUCUUUCGCUUGCUGUCCCUCAAGAAUGUCUCUUUUCCGAGUAGAAAAUGCGCUCAUUGUUGUCUCCCCUCCAUCAUCUCCUCAACCUCGCAAAGUCUGCUACGAAAGCUGCACUGAAAAGGCGCCUUGUCGAACUCGCGGAGCAGGUUGAUGACGGGAUGAAGAACCAGUUUUGGAAGGAUGAUCCUUGGCUUUCUCAACUCGAUCGGACACCCAUAGCAGGGGUGUUGUGGCCACUCAACAGGGGUAUCUCGAUGUCGAUGUAUCACAUUGCCCCCAUCCUCCUUCAUUUGUCCUGGCAAGGCUGGCCGCUUUUCUACUCCCGGGAAUGCGGCUGGACCUUUUGUGAUCCGAACGCCGAUUUUCAUACCCGAUUUUUGAAGCUUGAUUCUUAUGAUCCAACGGAUGAUACCCUACAAAACAUGUGCUUGAAGGGAGCUUUGUCUUCUACAAGUUACCACAUAAAUGUGGAAAGAAGGCGAAUGUGGGCAGUCCGCUUGGUAAAACGUUCAUGAGAUGUGCACACUGGCAGGAUGGGACGCUCUCGAACCCUAACUACGAAGCGAAUGAUGCAUUAAGAACGUGCAGUGAUCAGCGCAUGU